UUUAUUUAUUUGUAACUAGCCGUUAGAAUAUAUUCGUGUUUGCCUUCUAUAUAAAUUAGAUGUAACAUCUCUUUCAGUUCACAACAACAUGAAUGAAACACAUACACCAGAAAGCUUCACUGAAGAAUUCAUUGAAGAGUUUUUUGAUGAAACUAAAAGAAAUCGUCAACUAGAGCUCUUUCAUAAAAUAUAUGGACAGAGCUCAACAUCCACACCUCGAAGAAAUAUUUACAGGGAUCGUGAAGGAGGUCAUCACCUCCUGGUGAAUGAUUAUUUUUCGCCGAAUCCUGUAUAUCCAGAAAAUAUAUUUCGACGAAGAUUUCGUAUGGGAAGACAUGUCUUUCUUCGUAUUGUAGAUGCUGUUUCAAAUUUGGAUCCAUACUUCCAACAGAGGAUUGAUGCAUUGGGAAGGAAAGGUUUAUCGCCUUUACAAAAAUGCACUGCGGCAAUGCGUAUGUUGGCAUACGGUGUAUCCGCUGAUGCUGUUGAUGAUUACGUUCGUAUUGGAGAGAGUACUGCAGUUGAAGGCUUGAAAAAAUUCGUCUCAAAUGUAAUCACAAUAUUUGAGGGUGAAUACUUACGAAAGCCGAAUUCGGAUGACAUACAACGUCUAUUGCAGAUGGGUGAGGCUCGUGGCUUUCCUGGUAUGAUGGGCAGUAUUGAUUGCAUGCACUGGCAAUGGAAAAAUUGUCCGAAAGCAUGGAAGGGAAUGUUCAUGAGUGGUCAUAAAGGAGUUGCAACAAUUAUACUAGAAGCGGUUGCCUCAUCUGAUCUAUGGAUAUGGCAUGCAUUUUUUGGAGUUGCUGGAUCAAAUAAUGACAUAAAUGUUUUAGAUCGGUCACCAGUAUUUGAUGAUGUGUUACAAGGUCGUGCCCCUGAGGUAAAUUAUACUAUUAAUGGGAACAACUAUAAUAUGGGAUAUUACUUAACAGAUGGAAUAUAUCCUGAAUGGGCUACAUUCGUUAAAACGAUACCAUGUCCACAAGGCGAGAAAAGAAAAUUAUUUGCAAAAUAUCAAGAAAGCCAAAGAAAAGACGUAGAACGAGCAUUUGGUGUGUUACAAUCCCGUUUUGCAAUUAUACGUGGUCCGGCACGUUUUUGGGACAAAGAAGAUCUUGGAAGGAUCAUGAGAGCAUGCAUCAUAAUUCAUAAUAUGAUUGUUGAGGACGAAAGGGACACAUACGCCACUCAAUUUGGUCCAUUACCAACUUAUGAUGAUGCAACAAAUGGCUUAUCGCAACCAAAUUUAGGCGAAGAACCUUCUGUACCGUAUGAAACGUAUAUCCAAAACAGCAUGCAGAUGCGUGAUAGACGGGCACAUCGUCAGCUACAAAAUGACUUGGUUGAGCAUAUCUCGCAGUUUCACGAGAAUCGUUAAUUUUUUUAUUGUAAAAUUUAAAAUUUAAUGUCUUCUUGUAUGUUGUUUUUUAUUCCAUGAGUUUUAAUAAGAUGAUGCAUUUUAAUUAUUGAGACA